ACAAUAACUUCCGGUUACUAUCUAGAAAGGGAAAACAGCAGUGAGCAAAAGAUCAAUGACAAAUUGACAAUUGUAUUGCAUAACAUAAUGUCAGCGCUUGAUAUAAUAAAGUUUUUGUGAUCAGGUUUGUUUGAAGAAAUCACGAUGAAAGGCAAAAGGAAAGCAAGAUGUCUGUCGAGAAAAAAAUCGGGUGCGAAUGAAAAUGAUAAGAAGCAGGUGAGGCAAAAUGAAGAUCAUUUCCAAAGCCUGUCUUUGGAAGUUAUUUGUCACAUUCUUGGAUACUUACCUCUGAGAUACAUACUGAGGAUGGAUUGCAUGAACCAUAAACUCAGAAAUGCCGUUUCUAUGUAUUUACGUAUACAGAAAGAAAUUGACAUGUCGGAGAGGGAAUUGUAUGGAUGGAUGUGCGACUCCAUCACAGAUAGUACACUUACAGCGUUUCUAAAGCGCUGCCAUGAUGUGGAGUAUCUAUAUGGUUUCCACCCGGGUUUUAUGACAUUAAGACGUCAACGGGGUGUCGAUAUGCUCACUCUCCCAGGAAUCAUUGAUGCUCUCUCAGAAUGCAAAAAUCUGAAAGGCAUUGAGAUUUCAGAUAUUGCGCUCUUGCAUGCAAUGAUGGACUUUUUUCCACAACUAGAGAUUUUAGGAACAUUCAAGAAUAGAAACGGAACAUUUCCUAUCAAUUUCCUAUCAUCUCUGACUUUGGCAGAGAAUGCAAAGAUUACGUCAUUGCAUCUUAAUGGAAUUGUACUUGAAAAUCUGCCAAAAAUGUACAAUUUGAGGCAUCUUCAGCUUCGUUGGGUACACUUUCAUGAGUCCCAUCCAUUUAAUGAGUUUAUGGCACCAAAGUUGCAGACAUUUGUCAUGGCACACUGUUCUGGACCAGCCAGUGCAAUAAAGUAUGUCCCACUUAUUGCAAGUCUUGCAAGUUCCAGGUACCUUUCCAGACUUGAAUUACUGCGCGUUCCAUUUCUAGGAGGCUUAAUUCAUCAUGUGGUACAAGAUGGAUGGCAAAUGAAUGCCUUUCGUCAGUUGCGCUGUAUCAGAUUUGGAGGGUGUCGCCAUGCCCUUGAAAUGGAUCUGGGGUUUCUCAUUAUUACAGCAGCUCAGAAACUAGAAGAAAUCAGUGUGCAGCCCUCUUUGACUAAGGAUAAUCUGUUUGUUGCCUUGGUGAUGGCUGAUGUAUCCUUUCCUCUGUUUUCAACUUUACAUCUUGGAUAUGUAGAUUCUUUCCCAGCACCAGAUAAAUGGGACAAUGAGGAUUUGAUUGUGGAGGGUUUGGCUAGUGUGUCAGAGGCCCCUGCAGUCAUCACAGACAUCGGCAUGAGGGCUGUGGGGGUGUGCUUCCCUCGAAUCAAACACAUGGACAUCUACAACUGUCCACACAUUCUGAGACCCACUCAGUGGUUCACUCAGGGGUUGACGUGUUGGGACCAGCUGACUGAAUUGUCCAUGAAAAGAUGUCAUGCCCUUAAGCUGGAGGAUUUCUGUGAAUUCAUUCCAACUCUUCCAUCUCUACAAACUCUCCAUCUGGAGCAAAUGUUCAGAGAACCACCAAAAGGAUGCUCAAGGGUUGGAUUGAGUGCUGGCACAGGGAUGGGUCUUUCCUCUGCCAUGUUGAAUCAGCACUACCAGAAUGCCCCACCAGCAAAUCCUGUAGUCAAUAAUAACAAUGUUCACAAUGAUGGAGCCAACCAGAAUGAGGGAAAUGAUCCAUUAGCCGAUCAAAAUAAUGAAUUGGAUGGAGCCCAAGCAAAUCAAGCCAAUCAGAAUGACGAGAGGGAAAAUCUAAUUGUUGACCAAAGUGAUGAAGUGGGAGUUGAUAAUUCUGCUCAAGAGGACAUGGCACGGAUGGAUGUAUCGUCAGAUGAUAAAGUAUCUGAGAUGAAUGAGGAAAACAAUUCUAAUGAAACGCAGGAAAACAGUGAAGGCAGCCCAGAUUUAGAUGGAAAUAAUGAAAGAAAACUGAUUACUAAUGACUCUAAUGGUGACCAAAAGGAAUCUGAAGAGGUUGAGACAGUUUCUGUCGGGAUGGAGACUGUUGUGUUGUACCCAGGGAAAGAGCGCAAGGAAGAGGAACAGACGUACAAAGGACUAAUUAUAACGGAGACAUCAAACAUGGAGCAGGAAACACCCCCAGAUCUCAAUCCAGUCGUUGACUUAAGUGUUAUAAAGCCAGACUUGUCAAAUGUGUCUGUUACAAAGUCUGAACAUUCAGACAGUGAGGUUGCUUCAUCGGUGCCCACUGAGUCAGAGAAAAUUCAGGAAAUGGAGACAGAUUCAAGUAGUCAAGAAACUGUGAUAUUGAGAGAGAGUGGAGAGGCUCCUGAUGUUGUGUCUAUUCAUGAACCAGAAUAUUCUUUUACGAAGGAAAUCAAAGUUGAAGAUGGUGUAAACAGUCCUCAGACUUCGACCACAGCAGAAAGUGGAAACACAGGAACCUCUGCGUCUGUUAUACCUGAAACAAGACCAACCAGAAGUUGUGUGAAGCAUCAAACAACUCAGAGAGGAAUGGAGGAGCAUGUAACAAGUUGUGGAAAUUCAUCACAGGCUUAUACAAGCGGUAGUAAUGGUACAAGUACUUCAAAUCCAAAUCUAGCCGAGGGGCCAGCCAAGAGAGCUCUCAGUGAUAAGAGUGAUACAAGUUCUAGUUCCAAGGUAAUGAAGAUUGACACUUCACAAUGCUCCAAGUGCUCAUGCAAAAGAAGUGAAAAACAAUAUUUACGAAGAAGGAGAUCAAAACGUGUAGGAAGUCAAGGGAAGAGGGGAUGUACAGCUAAAUGUAAAUGUGAGUGCCAUGAUAAGGACCAAACAGAAAAGCCAAGUAAGAAUGGAGAUCACACUGGUGGUGGUAAACCUGUGUUAGAAAGUAGUGAUGGAUGCCAACCUCAGGAUGGGGAAACACAGGGAGCUGAUGGGAGUUGUAAGGUGAAGGAGGAACUGCCCGGGGAGAGGGUCGAAAUGGUGGACAAAUCUUGUGAGGCCAAACCAGAGGAUAUCAGACAGUCUUUGUUAAGGGAAGAGAACUCCAACACAAUGAGAGGGAAAAGAAAAAAAGGAAGAAGAUCAUCAGCAAAAAGUACCGAAGCUCCAAAGUGCAACAUGAAAGAUGAGUGCACAAGCACUGGAGAUCCAGUAGUGGAGAAGGAUCAUAUUCAGAUUUUGAAAAUCAACUCCAACUCAUUAGUCUCGCUUUCCCUGAAUAAUGUUGGAAUCACAGGUUUGGUUCUGGACAAUUGUCCUAACCUCAGUAAACUCUCAGGUCAUGCCUGCAGAGUUUUAAAGGAUGUGAAACUAAAUACAGUCCCAAAAAUUAGAAAAGUAGAAUUCACCCACUGUGCCAAACUUAUAGAGGAGAACCUUGCAUAUGAAGUUGCCCUGCAGGAAGAUACUUUGCCAAAUGGUCAGGCCAAGCGAUAUAACAAAGCUGUAUUCUUAAGGCCAAUGCAUCAGAUUGAAAAAGAACUCCUUGAACGUUUGCUCUUCUCCAGUCCUGACAUUUUCUCCGAUAUCUGUGUGAUAUACGACUACAAUGACAAGGCCUGCAGUAGUUCCUACAACCACAUGCGGGUGUUUACCUGGGGAGAAAUCUUUACACCUAUGGCCAGUGAGCUUAUAGAUGUCUAUGGUUUUCCUGAAUGGAGUACGAAAGAUUGGAAACCUCAAUAUCCCUGGGGCCGUGACAUAUUCAGGAUGUAUGAGAGGAAUGGUAAUUUGAGUCGUCAUGAGAUGGUAACAGACAUGACUCUGAUGAGAAUUUUGAAAGAGAGGCCAAGACUCCCAGAAAAUCAGAUUCACAGAUUUGAUCACGCUCGAGGAAUCUAUUGUCCCAACACUAAAGGACACUACAGUGCAUAUACAGCGUUAGAUUCAGUCCAGGAGGAGUUAGCCGACAGGUUGUGUGCAGGGAUGAAAGUUAAAAGACAUAGCUGUGUUUUCUAUAUCAACUUCAGUGAUGUCAAUGGAGUUCCAACUUAUGAUCCAGAAUUCUCAUAAAUGUGGAUGUGACUAGAAUUUAAUACAUACAGCUUUGAGAGAGAGAGAGGGAGAGAGAGAGAGAGAGAGAGAGAGAUUGGUUAAGACAUCAACAGAUUUUUAACAUGUACUGUAAUAUUACAUCAAAUGAUCUGAAAACAUGC